UUCUAGAGAUAAAGUAUCUUCCUGAAAUGAAGAACUUCAGUUCAGUAUUUCUUUGGAUAUCGUUAACAAUUUGUAGAAUUAAUUCACGAGUAGUUUAAAUUAUAUUGAUUUAAUAAUAAAUUAUAUUGAAUUAAUAAUUUUUCUUAUUCACUCGUUCUCUUCUUUUUUUUUUCACUACUACAAUUUAUUAAUACAAACGAAAAUACGAUGUCUCUUACUAUAACAGAAGUAAUAUGCUUGAUAUUUGCGAGUUUAUUAUUAUUGUAUUACUAUCUUACACGAACAUUUGAUUAUUGGAAAAUCCGAGGUGUAAAAGGACCAAAGCCUAUAUUAAUAUUUGGCAAUGUAAUAGAUGUAAUGCGAGCUAAAAUAUCUAUAUCAAUCUUUCUUAAAAAUAUGUACGAUAAAUAUAAGGACGAACGAAUGGUUGGUAUAUAUGAAAAGGAUCUACCAUCAUUAAUUCUACGUGAUCCUGAUCUUAUCAAAGACGUGCUUAUUAAGGAUUUCUCUGUGUUUCCUGAACGACCGAUGUUUUCUAAUGAAAAACAUGAUCCCCUAUCGGAGAAUCUAUUUAGGGUUAAAGCAUCUAAAUGGCGGCCAUUAAGAACAAAGUUAACAUCUGUCUUUACAUCCGGCAAAUUGAAGAACAUGUUUCACUUGUUAAUCGAAUGUUCCGAACAUUUCGAGAAGUAUAUGAUGCAUAUUGCAGAGAAAAACGAGCCAAUAGAGUGCCGAGAUCUUACAGCUAGAUAUACUACUGAUGUUAUUGGUUCUUGUGCUUUUGGUCUUGAUAUUAAUGCCAUCAAUGAUGAGACAAAUGAAUUUCGUCGAAUGGGAAAAAAGAUCUUUCGAAAUGAUUAUAAAACUUAUGCCAAGGAAUUAGUUCGAAAAAUGCCAUGGCUUUACAAUAUUAUUGGUCGAUUAUUUGUUGAUAAAGACGUUGAAAAAUUUUUUAUAAAGAUUACAAUGGAUAUGAUACAUUACAGAAAAAUAAACAACAUUCGUAGGCAUGAUUUCAUCGAUAUUUUGAUGGAUCUAAAGGAUCAGGAAAAACUCGCUGAUUUUGAACUGACCGAUACUCUUAUUACUGCGCAAGCAUUCGUAUUCUUUGCUGCUGGAUUCGAAACGUCUUCGGCUACAUUAAGUAAUGCCAUGUACGAGUUGGCAAUGAAUCACACAAUUCAAACGAAACUUCGACAAGAGAUCAAAGAAGUUCUCAAAUUGACUGAUGGAAAAAUUACUUAUGAUUGUUUAAAGUAUAUGAAAUAUUUGGAUGCUGUUUUUCAAGAAACUCUACGGAAAUAUCCACCGGUGAUGUAUCUCGUUAGAGGCUCAUUAACGAAUUAUACGUUUAAUGGUACUAAAGUUACGAUAUCGAAAGAUACAAAAGUUUUCAUACCGAUUUACGCAAUCCAACAUGAUCCAAAUAUUUAUCCAGAUCCCGAAGUUUUCGAUCCUAACAGAUUUACGCCUGAAGUUAUAAAAUUGAGACAUCCUAUGUAUUUCCUACCAUUCGGAGAUGGCCCUAGGAAUUGUGUCGGUCUACGAUUUGCAUAUCUUCAAGCAAAGAUAGGCCUUAUCAAAAUUCUUAACAAUUAUUUAAUUGACGUUUGUGAGAAAACACCAACACCACCGUAUCCUUUGAAUAUGCAGGAUGUCAUAAUGCUACAACCGACGUGUGGAAUAUACGUAAAGCUAUCACCUAUUACCGCUUCCUGAUGCAUUAUGCACGAAAUUAUACCGUCAUUUGUGAUUAAUAAUACUCUUAUACUCUUAUCGUUAACGUCGUAUUAAAUUCGAAAUUAUCGCUAUGUAGGAGAUUA